GGGUGACGCAGCACCUUGCCCAGGGGGCAGAUGGUGAAGCGACGCGCAUCCGGAGUCAGCAGGUCGGGGGUCAUUCCUCGCCCCCUCCCGCCUGCUCCCCGACGUCGCACCGACUGUUUUCGGCAGUGACGACAUUCCUCCCCGGCCCUGCGCCCCGCAGCGUAGUAAUGCCACGGGCCCGUGGUCGCCCACGGCCGGCGACCAUGCGCACGCGCAAACCCUCUGGUAGGUCCGGGGCACUGAGACGAAACCCCGCCCCGAGCGGCCCGUACCGCCCCCGGCCCGUCACUCACGCAGCCUACCCAAUGGUGGCGGUGGAGGGCGGGGAUAAGCCUGAGGGCGCCGUGCGCCGAAGCUUGUGGCGUCAAUGCGCCCGCCUUGUCCAUGGAGAGAGGCUGGGGCUGCCGAGCUUCGGCCCAAGGCACCAGGGCGCCGAGACGGCAAAGAUGUCGGCUUCCUUAGUCCGGGCAACUGUCCGGGCUGUGAGCAAGAGGAAGCUGCAGCCCACCCGGGCCGCUCUCACCCUGACACCUGCAGCAGUAAACAAGAUAAAGCAGCUUCUCAAAGAUAAACCUGAGCAUGUAGGUGUAAAAGUUGGUGUCCGAACCAGGGGCUGUAAUGGCCUUUCUUAUACUCUAGAAUAUACAAAGACAAAAGGAGAUUCUGAUGAAGAAGUUAUUCAAGAUGGAGUCAGAGUAUUCAUCGAAAAGAAAGCACAGCUAACACUUUUAGGAACAGAAAUGGACUAUGUUGAAGACAAAUUAUCCAGUGAGUUUGUGUUCAAUAACCCAAACAUCAAAGGAACUUGUGGCUGUGGAGAAAGCUUUAAUAUUUGAAAUCUCAGGACUCUUCUGGCUGUAGGUUCCAGGAAAGCUGGUGGAAGCCUUGCGGCUCACUGCAUAAAUCAUGUGACUGUCACAUGCUUAAUGUGUGGCUGCCUUGUAAGAAAAAUAAAGUGAUGCAUUUUGAAAAUGAAGCCAAUAUGUUAGAUCCAGAAGAAAUAAUAUUUAUAUUCUCUGUAGGGGACAGAAAAUGAGAAGCCAUCACUGUCUUUGGAUUAUUUAGAUCUCUUGCAUCAUUUGUUUUAGAACCAGUUUUAUUAAUUGACUUCCUGUGCACCUGUUUCUCCAUUUCCUGAACCGUGUGCUUAGACCUCUAUUGAAUGGCUUGAACAUGCAUCUCCCUCAGCAUUUCUCCCAAUCAGAUCGGUGACUCCUAAAAUCAGAGACAGGACAUCCUGACUACUGGUAAUAAUGUGGUGGUGCAUUGUUUCUUCCAUGCAAACUUAACAUAGCCUCUUUAUACAUUUUCAUCAAAAAUUUUAUUGUCAGAUGCCUCAUUGUGUACCCUUUAAUAGUACCGGGCAAAGAUUUUCUUCAACUAUAGUACAGAUUCGUUCUGAAUGUGGCAUCAUAAGGUGAGAAAGAUGUCAUCCACCUGUUUUUUAAACCAUUUCUUUUGCCACCCUAUUUGUCUGCUCAGAGGUGGGAUCUCAGGCUGCCUUUGAUUCUUCUAGUUGAGGGGUCUCUUAAAGCCAUCUAGCCCACCUCCCUCAUUUCCCUAUGUGAAGAAGCAAAACCCCAGGAAAGCCAAACGGCUCCCGUCCACCCCUAUUCCACAGGCCGGGGGAGAGCAGGGACUCUACCCCCAUCUUCCCUUCCUUGUAGAUAACACAUGCUCUGCCCUUUGAGGCAAUGGGUGAAGGCAAAUGAUCUGACUUCUUUAUCUGGUCAACAUUUUGAUAGAAUUUCUUUAUAAUUUGAUGGAGAUCAUAUUAUUUUUAUUUUAUUUUGAGUGGGAAGAAUUUUAAAACCCUUUUAUGUGAAUUACCAUCUUGUUUCUUUACCUUAGAAACAGUGGUUUGUAGCAGAGAAGACAUGGUAGCAGCACAGAAUUGUGCUUUUGGAAUGUGGUCCUCAUUGUGCAGGAGAACAUGUGGAUCUUUUCUUAAAAUUCCCAGUGUGCAUAUACUUUCUGGUUCCUCAUCCAGUUGCUAAAGUUCUUAAUAUUUUAGCCUAACAUUUUUAUCACCAACUUUUCUUUAAACAUGUUCUUUUUGUCACUUAGUUACUGAUUUUCCUGGGUCUGACAUAUUGAGUAUUCUAUGAGAUGACAUCGAUGCUUUUUUUUGAAAGCUGAUUCUUACUAAUUCAAGUAGCUGAGUUCCUUUAUGUUUCUUUUAUUCACUAAAGUAGCUGGCAUAAAACACCAAAACCUAGAGCGGUAGUUUUAUGUAAAUGCUCAUGAGUUUGUAUCAAUAAUAUAAUUGUUGACCCACUUACAAUUUGUGCAAUACUGUAUGUAUGUAGAGAUUGAGUUGUCAAUUAAAAAAAAAGUGGCCUCUUUGUGAUCAUAAAA